UUUGUGGGGUGUUACAGCGUUAAUGGUCCGGUGGAACAGAAUAAACAUGAUACGCCAGAGUAAAUAUAGAGAUUUAUAAAAAUUGAUCUAGAAUGAACUCAAUAGGGCAGGAGAUCUGUAGCUUCUCGCGGGACCGGUUAAAGAAGCGGAGUACCCGGGUGACGGCGCUGAGCGGCAGGGUGCAGCUGGAGACGCGGAGCGGGGACGCGGUGACUGUUACUGAAGCUGGAGAGCAGCACUGCGGAUUCGUUCAGGACCUGAGUUUAGAUCUGAAAGUGGGAGUUAUUACACCCUCUCUGCUCCUCUCCUCCCAAGAUGCUGCCAAUGACCUUGAGACUUUGCAGAAAUUUAAGGUUACUCACAUACUGAAUGUUGCUUAUGGAGUAGAAAAUGCCUUCCCUGAUCUCUUCACCUAUAAGACCAUUACAAUGCUGGAUCUCCCAGAGACACAGCUCACCUCCUACUUCCCACAGUGCUUUGAGUUCAUAGCUCAAGCCAGAGAACAGGAUGGUGUGGUGUUGAUCCACUGUAAUGCUGGUGUGUCUCGCUCUGCUUCUGUUGCCAUCGGUUACCUGAUGUCCCGGGAGAAGAUACCAUUCGAAGAAGCCUUUAACAGAGUGAAAUCAGCCAGGCCAUAUAUCCAGCCAAACCCCGGAUUCCUCAUUCAGCUUAAGGAAUAUGUCCCAUGAGUCUUUUUAGUUUACUGUAUUUUGGUGUUUGUUUAUUUAUUGGGGAUGUUGGUUGAUAAAAAGUUAUUUGGAAUUAAUCACAUUGUCCGUUUAAAUGUAAAAUAAAUUAAUCAAUGUAAGAUCA